UCAGGUAAAUAAAGGUGAAUUGUGGGAUAGUGAUUAACGGAAGUGAAAGGACUGUUACAAACAGUUCCUGAUGAAGAAUACAUUUUAUCAUUCGUAACAACUCUAAACCUAUUACGAUGUCUAAAAGUCGCCAUGACAUCGAUAAGGACACUGUUGUGGCCUACCACGACUUUAUCCAGGGCCAGAUUAAAGGUGAGCUAAAUGGUGUGAACCUAGGGCCAGGAAGGACCUGCUGCCUGAUAGCGGGGGUCGUGUUUGUUAUUGGGUUGGUACUAGGCAUCGUCGGUAUACUGGUGAUCACUCUGAGGAUGCGGCAUGUGUACCUGUGGGACUGGAACGAUCAGUUUCUAGGACCCGCCUUCAUCGUCCUGAUGUUGCUGUGUGUCGGACUGGCCGUGUUCCUGAUUGUGGAGGGAAAGCGUAGGGCCAACGCCUACAGGAGAGAUCUAGUGUUCCGGCCCAUUGGUGACUAUGGAGUAGCUGUUGUCCACAAAAGCAGACUGAAUUAUGAGGAGAAAUCAAGAGAUAACUUGAAGUCAGGAACAACACCACAUCAACCUAUUCAGCCCAAACCCUACCAGCCCAUUUCGUAUGAUCAUGAGGGUCGUCCUAGAAAAGCUGGCUAUGAGAACCGGGCAUAUGGAGAUACUGACCCCAGGGGCCCUCCUCCUCGAUAUGAAGAAAGAGGUCGCCGCCCUGAUGAUCGCAGAGGCCCAGACAGGCGAGGUCCAGAUGACAGGCGUAGACCUCCUGGUGAUCGACCAAGGGGACCACCAGAUGACCGUACACGACCUGACCGUCCACGCAUGCCCCACCCCAACCGUCGUGGUCCGCCCCGUGGACCAGAUGAUCGUCCCAGGAGACCACCUGGUGGACAAGAUGAUCGUCCGAGGAGACCACAAGGUGGCCCUGAUGAUCGACCGAGGGGACCCCCAGGAGAACGGAGAAGAGGACCUCCAGGGCCAGAUGAUAGGAGACGCCCACCAGGACCCCCUGGGGACCGGUACCGGGAUGACAGAAGGCGCAUGGAUGAAGAUCGACGAAGGGAGGAGAAAAGAAGGGAAGCGGAGGGUGAACCACAUAGAAAUGGACCCCCACCAGGUGACAAUGACACAACCCGUGUCCUGCUCAGCAGAGAUGGUCCGCAUGACACUGAGUCAGAGUUCUAAGUGGCCGGUAGAGAACAAUGAAAUAGACCCAAGAUUGGACCAAUGUGAUUGACACUUUAUUGAAAGUCACCUGAACAAUGAAAUAGACCCAAGAUUGGACCAAUGGAAUUGACACUUUAUUGAAAGUCAGCUGAACAAUUCAAGCUAGUCUGGCCAACUGGUUGCAUUUAAACCUGUUAGAUUCUGAGGAAGACAUGGUUGGUAGAAUUCAGAAAGGUUUCUGUGUAGGUUACAAGUACAGUCUGGUAGGAAAUGAAAUCUACAUAAAUAAGUUUGAUUUCUUUUGGUACAUUACUCGUAUUUUGAAUUUGGCGAUUGUGAUUGGUGCUUAAUUAAUGACAAAAAAAAUAUGGCUUCUCCUUAUUUGAUUAAAAAAAUAAUUUAAAAUGAGUAUAGAGAUUGAGUUUGUCAAGUACGUAUGUGAUGACCAUGUUGUUAGGACAGGAUCCUGUGGUAUUGCUGUACCUCCUCUGUGUACUGUACCUGUGUGGUCAGUCUGUACUGCUGUAGGUGGUCAGUAUGUAUUACUUAAGGGGGUCAGUCUGUAAUACUAUUAGUGGUCAGUCUACUGUAUCAGUAUGUUUAUAUACACGGAACAGGUAUGAGGAUGUCUAUGUAUUGUAACCUAUAUAAUAACUGCAGUGAUGGGACCAAUGUGUUUGAGAUAAUGAAGGAAUGGCAGCAAAUAUUAGUUAGGCAUGUUUGUACACAAGACCUCAUAGAACAGGAAUCUAAUAUACUAGUCUACAGGUUUCUACUCCUAACAGUGUAAUUCUACUCCUUACAUUGUAAUUCUACUCCUUACAUUGUAAUUCCACUCAUAUAAGUGUCAUUAUGACAGAAAGGAUUCUACUUGUUAAACACUUGUUGUUAAGGGAUUGAAUUUUAGAUUAUACUUACCUGUGGAAGCCACUGCAUCACAUUUUUACAGGAACUUUUUAAGAUGGUGUUAUUUUGACAAGCUCAUGACAAACAAAAGAUUUUGAGACAUAUAAGUGUUUGUGUAAUUACAGAUGAACACGUAGCAAAUAGUUCUUGUAUUUCAAAAUGUUCUUCGUUAUAAAAAAAAUAAAAAAUAAAAUGAUUGUAAAUUUGGUUUGGUUUGACCAGUUUAAUUUUGUCUGGUUCUUUUAGAAUAAAUAUGUUCUUAUAUAGAACUUCCAUCUUAAAUUGUUAUAAAUAUUUUACUAACUGGUAUGGUAGUCAAUGAGUGUAUGAUGUGUGUAAGAUAUGUCUGUAAGAAUUAAUUAGCAGUUUUAAUCAAAUGUCCUUAUCUGAGCCAAAUCUAUUACAUGGUGGGCUGUAAGCAGACAACAAUAACAUUUUGAUGCCAUUAUAAGUGAUGGAUACAUGGAAUGGCUGAAAAAAGGGUUAGCCUUUGAUUAUUUUAAUGGUGUAUGAAGAAUGUGAUAACGAAUCUCUUGUUGAAGGUAGAGACCAAAUUAUGAUUGUUUUUAAUAUACACAAAUUGUAUACGCAUUCUUUAUCAUUUCAUCUAUGCUUAUCAAUCAAGAACAAAGAAACAGUGUCCUAAGUAACUGGUACCCAAGUUACUUUUACUCUUGUAACAAAAACAAUUAGGUUAGGUACCGUUACUCAUGUAACAAUCUAGGUUACUGUUACUCUUGUAACAAAAAAAUAGGUUACUGUUACUCUUGUAACAAUCUAGGUUACUGUUACUCUUGUAACAAACCAUCUAGGUUAUUGUUACUCUUUUAACAAUCUAGGUUACUCUUGUAACAAACCAUCUAGGUUAUUGUUACUCUUGUAACAAACAAUUAAGGUUACUGUUACUUGGGUACCAAACUAUCUAAACAGGAUAUUAUAAAUGUAUCAUACUUCCCUAUAACUACUUAAUUCAGAAACCAUUACAGGCAAUUUUGUCACCAUCUAUAGAAAUUGAGCUCCAGUGUUGAUAUGUCAGAAUUAGGAGGUAAUGAGAAUAUGACUUUUACAGGUCACCAGCGAAUGUAAAAGGGGAUAGUGUACACACAAGCUAUAUUGUGGAGGUGUACAAUGCUAUAUCAUCCUGUGAUGGAAUAGUGUACACACAAGCUUUAUUCAUCGUUGAUCAACUUGACCUAGUGUUUUAUAAUAGUGUAUUUUCUAACUUUAUUUUUGUACCAUAUUUUAAUUGUACAUAUUUGUAAAUAUUUGGAAUUCAUGAUCAUUAAUCACUACAUUCAGUGCCAUUGUACAUUUAAAUCUAGACCAACAUUGUAGCAAUAACCAUUCCUCAUGUAUAAUCAAAGAUCAUCUCAAUAAAAAUUUAUACUAAUUGGUAAA